AUGGGUAAACGAAGGGGGUCCAAAAGCUCCAGGGCUAUAGCCGAACUCAAGAAUGAGCUCAUUGCGCUUACUCCAUCCGAAGAAACCUUAGAUCCUCACUUUUUAUCCAUAAGAAGUCAACUUUUCCACGCCUUACAUGGGGGAGCACACGAUGCAGUUAAGAGAAACACCCAGGGAGCAGAUGCGCUUCUGAUUUGGUACUUACGAGCAGUUCAAGCUAUCAAGGCAGGAGCGGAUGCUUCAGUAAUACCCAAGGAAGAAGUGCUAACGGAUGAGGUGUUCAAUUGGGCGAAAAAGCGCCUUAGCUUCUCACAUACUCCCCAAGCAAAUGCCGGGUUGGCUCUUCUACGAAGGGUUAUCCACCUCUUUAAUGUAUUGGACGCUAAUAGAGGUGCCGAAUUGUGUGGCUCAUGGGCUUCAAGGAUGUUCCAAAGCCAAAUGAACAAAAAAGAGCACUUCCAGAUCAUAGAACUAUUGGCCAAGGAAGGCUCUGAUGUAUCCCAAAGGCUUCGGGUUUCACAUCCUCAUUUCAUUGAAACGCUCCUUUCCAGCCUCGACUCCGGGGCCACCGCCAAUGCUGCAUCCAAAUGUCUUGCGGUUAUAUUGCAGAACCUUCAACAGUCCUCUUCAGAGACUGAUUUCGUUAGUUAUUGGGCAGAAAGCGUUAUUACAGGCCUCCAGAAUCCCAAGCUGGCACCCAACAUUACACAGCAUCUUCUUCCGUUACUUUUACGGUUGACUCCCGACUCGGUUGAUAUUCUCAUCAAGAACCAUAUAUCAAGUUCACAACCUGUUGUCUUGCUUUCUGUACUUAACGUCAGUCAGAAGCUAGCAAAGUCUAAAGACCCAGUGGAUAGCGGACUUUUAACAGAAACUGAAUUAUAUGAACUUCUUGUUUCGGACACUGAAAACAUUCGACUUUCUGCUUUACAACUUGUCGUGUCCACAAUAAAGACUAGCCGUGAACCCUCCGAACACAUUCAUAAAAUGCUCAGCGAUGAACGCGUACUUGAUGGAUUUGUCGAGGAUUCGAGGUCCCCAGAAACAAGGGAUGCUUUCUCGUCUACCAUAAGAAAAGCUAUAAUUUCAUUGAAAGACUGUUAUAUUCAUAACCUAGCAUCUUCUCCUGAAAGAACGAAAAGUACGUUAACUCUUCUCAAGGACAAUUUUUUCCUGUGGAUUUCUCCAGCUUCAAGCUACAUGCUGCUUCUUAUAGCUUUUGACUUCUUCGAAGUGCUUGUUGAAGAGGAGUUUGACGGUAUAACUCGUAAGGCAAAGAAUCAAGGUCUGCGUCAGGCCGUAUUCGAGAUAUACGACGAUGAAUUCAUUUUAAAGCUUCUUCACUUUUCGACCAACAACUAUGAAGAUAUUCGGAGAAAAGCACGCAAGUUGCUUGAGCGAUCCCCUCGCAGUCUUCCGUUCGAUGUCCAAGAUGCGGUGUCUCAGGAUCAUUUUGACAAUGCAUUCAAAGCAUUAGAAUCUGUUCAGGGACGAAAAAGUGAUGAGAACGUUAAUUUGUUGAUGCUCUAUGCUUCUUACUAUUACCGUGAACCGAAGCUGUUUACCGACUUUCUCAGUCUUGCUCAAGAUAAACUUAAUAAUCUUGGUGCAACUUCUCCUCAUGGAUAUUACUCAUUCUUUGCUAACAUAUUGCGAACCUACCCCGGGUUUAUUAACGAACAUUUAGACUCUUCAACCGAGUGGAUAAUUUCACUUCUCUCCUCGUGUCAAAAACUGUGGGACAAAUACAAAGCAAACACGACCUUCGAGACACUUGAAGACAGCGAAGGUAUGGAAGCUUCCUCAUGGAGGGCCGUCCGUGAGUCAGCUUUAUUGUUGGAUACUAUCAUUCAGCUCAACUCUCAGUAUGACAUAUUGACUAAGAAGGAUCUUUUGAGCGCAUGCGAGCUUGCCAGAGACCAGCUUGGUAACAUAACACACAGAGGUGUGUUGUCAUCUGUGUUUAAUACUUAUGUUUCCGGAUGUGUUGCUUGUCUUAAUGACGAAGAGUUAGCAACUUGGCCUGAUAGAUGGCUCGAUGAAAGCUUGGAACUUGUGAAAGGGAAGACACAAUUUGUUUCGAGAAGAUCAGGCGGACUUCCUUUUUUGAUCACUGGAGUGUUAAACGCCUAUACAAAGAAAUCCAACUACCAAAAAUUAAGUUACGUCAUGGAUGAACUUACUAGCCACACGAAGGCUCCCUUGAAAGAGGAAGAAAGAGCUAAGAGCGGGUUCCCUCAAGUACACGCGUUCAACUGCAUCAAACAUUUAUAUCUUGAUUCGGUUUUGUUUCCAUAUGCUCGACGCUAUUUGGAAGAUGUACUUGAACUUUCUCUUCGGAGCAUAAAUUCACCAGAAUGGUCCAUAAAGAAUGCCGCGUUGAUGCUCUUUAGUGCAAUUAUAAACAGAGUGUUCGGAACGAAUAUGGUCAAUAAUCAGCCAUCAAGAAUGGAUCUUCCAGAGCUCUCCGAUAUGUUUCCUAGUUUCGAAGGCACAGUCAGAGAAUUUCUCAUGGAUUUUGAUGUAUCUGUGGAGAGCGCACUCUGUAUCUUGACAAUCCUCGAAAGAACAGAAAUGGACGUUACUGACGAAUAUGGGCUGCUGUUAGUCAAUUUAGUCCAGGAUUACUAUUUGGAACAUAAAAAAUGGAAACUCAGAAAAAUGGCAGCUCGCGUGGUGCCGAAUAUGCUAGAUCUGAUGGAGACUGACGAACUUUUUAAUAUUUUCCCCGAAGAAGCCCAAUGGUAUAAUGCGAACAAUUUUCAUGGGUUUCUCCUUCUAUUAAAGGAUAUUUCUAGCAGAUCAAACUACGACGAUAGAGUUGAAGUAUUGAGUCAUGCGUUUGACAUGCAGUUGAAGGGUCAACGCUGGCAACUUUUCUCAGCUUUUUUGGACUUGAUCCCGGUCAUUCCUAAAUAUAUGGCUACCCAGUUAGGAAACUUCUUUUGCCAUCAUAUCGUUCAAAGAUCAAAGUACCCACAUGGUGCAAAACACACAACACUAGCAAAGUUGUUACGUCUGCUCCACGCAUAUCACGAAAGCGAGGGAGAACUAGGAAAUGCAGAAGAUGUCAUACUUCUUGGUCUUUCAGAUGAGGCCUAUGAACUCCAGCAACUGGCUAUUGAAUGUUGCAGGAGCCAUCAAAAGCUCAGUCCUGAUUUAAUUCAAGCCUUGCAAGAUGUGAUCACCAAUCCGCUGACAUGGACCCUAGUUCGUGUUGAUGCAAUGAAGCUCCUAGUAGAUAACGGAAUAUUCACACAAGUUAAUGUGCCAGACAUCGAAUGGUCAUAUGAGCUUCAAGUGCUUUGUCUUGUAUCACAGGAGAAACCUGGCGCCCGUGAGCUCCAGAAGGUUUUGCAUCCAAGCCAGGAAGAAGACUCUAGGCUUCUUUGUGUCGACUCAAUUUCCAGAGCUAUAUCGAAUGCUGAGAAUUCGGUGUAUGUUGAUGAUCUUACGGUUUUAUUAUUGUUAUCUUGUCGUGGAGAAUCAAGAGCUGUACGUCGCAGAGCUGCUGAUACCUUGUGUCAGAUCUUCAACCUCUCAAAGGAUUACAGCACUUCUUACAUUUUCAAGAAAGCUAUUGAAGCCCAUGGUCCUUUCGAUGUCCUUGAAGGGUCUAUCCUUCACGACUUCCUUUAUCUGUAUAAGGAAGACUUUGAAGAGUUCGCCAAAAAGGAGGAGUUCGAUCUCGACAGAGACGACCUAUACAUGAAUGAAGUAAGAUUACACCGGGAGUUAUCUAGUGUGGUCUCAAAAGACAACUUGCAACACGACACUGAUAGCCUACUUCAACUCAUUGAGCAAAAGUCAUGCCUCAAAGCAUGGGAAUAUGAUUACCUGUUUGACACUGGAUUGAACAAGUUCAUGCAUUUGGCAGGAGAGGACGAUAAAAAGAGAGUGAAAGCGGCUCUUGACUCGAUCAAGUACUCCUACACCGAUUCUGUCUAG